AUGGCUAGAACCAAGCAAACCGCAAGAAAAUCUACUGGUGGUAAGGCACCAAGAAAGCAGCUCGCCUCCAAGGCUGCCAGAAAGUCGGCACCAACCUCCGGUGGUGUCAAGAAGCCUCACAGAUAUAAGCCUGGUACCGUUGCUUUGAGAGAAAUCAGAAGAUUCCAAAAGUCGACCGAGCUUUUGAUCAGAAAGUUGCCUUUCCAAAGAUUGGUGAGAGAAAUCGCCCAAGAUUUCAAGACCGACUUGAGAUUCCAGUCGUCUGCCAUCGGCGCCUUGCAAGAAUCCGUCGAAGCCUACUUGGUUUCCCUUUUCGAAGAUACCAACUUGUGCGCCAUCCACGCCAAGAGAGUCACCAUCCAGAAGAAGGACAUCCAGUUGGCUAGAAGAUUGAGAGGUGAGAGAUCCUAG